AAUUUGUCAUAACAUAAUGAAGCUCAUAAAUAUAAUAAAAUAAAUCAUAAAUUAACACAUAUCUUUCUUUAUAGGUAUUUUACCUUUCACCUUUUAAGUGUUAACAAUAAUACAUUAUAAAGGUUUAGCAUCUCCCUCAAAAACUAUAGCCAGUACAUUCAUGAGCUCUGUUGAGCUGUCAUAGGAAACUGACAUUAAAUAAUUUUAUGGUUUAACCUACGCCGAGGAAAUCAAAUGAGCUCUCUCUCAUUUUAAUUCUAAACUUUCAUUUCCAAAAGCCUCAAUAAUGUUUUUAUUCAAAAUGACAAAUUCCCAGUUUAACAGAAACAUUUAGAUAAAGUGUGUGAUAGAGACAAGACACAGGAUCAUACACUAGAAACAUUAACAAUAGCAUAUUCGAGAAAACAUGUUUAUACUUUCCAAAUAGUAAGUUUUAAAUAGCCUAAGCAUAACAAAGAUUUUACUAACAGUAGGUGAGCUGUGUCCGCUUGGUGUCAGUGUUGAAAGCUGGAAAUUUGUGGUUCUAAAUCCUGCCCCAGAUGGUGACGUGUGUAGUGCAUAUCUUCUUCUGACAAGAGGACGGUGCAAGCUGAAAAAAAAACGUGAAAAGGCGGUGUCGUUUUUUUUUUUAUUAGAGGGUACUUUAGUGAUAAUUGUGGUUAUCAGACGCUAAUGCAGUCACUAAACAUCGGGGAUUUACCUUUGCUUGUGGAAUGGCUUUUCGUAAAUCGUUGACAAUGGAAGAAUUCGGACAAAGGAGAAGACUGGAGCCCUGGCGGAUUGCUCUGUGUUUUUCUUUGCUGAUGUGCUUUGCGGACAGAGUUUCAACUCACAUAAGGUAUUCAGUGCCCGAGGAGGUGAAUGAUGGAUCUGUUGUAGGAAAUCUUGCUAAAGAUUUAGGUCUUGAUGUGAAUACUUUGGUGGACAGACGUUUCCGUAUCGUUUCUGGAUCUAAUGACGCUCUUUUCCGGCUUAAUCAGAACAACGGCGUCUUAUAUGUUCAUACAAAGAUCGACAGAGAACAAAUAUGUGAUGGGAAUAAUCCCUGCGUAAUAGACCUCAAAGUUGUAGUGGAAAACCCACUGGAGGUUCAUUAUGUGGGAGUAGAUAUUACUGAUGUAAAUGAUCACGCUCCUGCUUUUCCAGAUAGGCAACAAAGGUUAGAGAUUGCGGAGAGCACAUUACCGGGGGCGCGCUUUCAGCUCCAAAGUGCGCGUGAUCCAGAUAUCGGGGUAAAUUCAGUGCAUGCGUAUAAAAUAAGCCAAAAUGAGCAUUUUGACCUAGAGAUAAGGGACAGGGGCGACGAAAAAGUACCUUUCCUGGUUUUACAAAGAGCACUGGAUAGAGAGCGUAAAGCUGAGCACGAACUGACACUGACGGCAGUGGAUGGUGGAAAUCCACCAAAGUCUGGAACUUUGAAUGUCACCAUCACUGUUCUUGAUAUCAACGACAAUCGCCCAGUGUUCAGUCAAGAAGUUUACACGGUACAUUUACAGGAAAAUGUUUCGGUAGGUACUAUAGUAAUAAAGGUGAGCGCAACCGAUCUAGACGAUGGUUCAAACGGAGAGGUAAUAUAUUCCCUUAGUAGUAAAUUAAGCCGUAAAGUUUAUGAUGUAUUUGAUUUGGACGCAGCUUCGGGUGAAAUUCGGGUGAAAAGCGGAUUAGAUUUUGAAAACACUGAUGUGUACAGAUUAGAUAUUUUGGCCUCUGAUAAAGGCACACCUCCCAUGACUGUGGACUGUAGGGUAAUUGUGAAAAUCUUAGAUGUAAAUGAUAACGCUCCUGAAAUAGAAAUUAUGUCACUUUCUAAUUCAGUGCCUGAAGAUUCCAAGCCGGGAACUGUUAUUUCUUUAAUCAGUAUUUUAGAUAAAGACGCUGGUGUGAAUGGAAAAGUUAUAUGUACUUUGUCCCAGGACAUUCCCUUUGAAUUAAAACCGUCUAUAAAGGACAAUAUGUACUCUUUAAUUACAAAAUCGCGUUUAGACAGAGAGGAGACCUCCCUUUAUGAAAUUAGAUUAACUGCUUCAGACCUGGGCCAACCUCCUCAAACUGCACAGAGGACCCUGAGUGUGCAGGUGUCAGACGUGAAUGAUAAUAGUCCAGAGUUUUCUCAUAAUCCUAUUGAACUAUAUCUAAUGGAAAAUAACAUUCCCGGUGCUUCUAUAUUUUCUGUAACUGCAUCAGACAAAGACACGAAUGAAAAUGCAGUAAUCUCAUACAGCAUUCUUAGAGGAGAUGGUGCAAAGAACAACUGGCCUACAUUUCUAAGCAUUAACUCUGAAACAGGAGUUAUUCAUGCGCUAAAGAGUUUUGAUUAUGAAGUAGCCAAAACGUUCCAGUUCCACGUGCUUGCUACAGAUUGUGGAAGUCCGUCACUAAGCAGCAACGUGACAGUGAACGUGUUCAUUCUGGAUCAGAACGACAACGUUCCAGUGAUCUUAUAUCCAGUCAGCGCUAACGGUUCUGCUGAAGGUGUGGAGGAGAUUCCCCGCAAUGUCAACGCAGGACAUUUGGUGACUAAAGUGAGAGCCUAUGACGCGGAUAUAGGAUACAACGGCUGGUUAUUAUUUUCAGUGCAGGAAGUGAGUGACCACAGUCUGUUUGGUUUGGACCGCUAUACAGGACAGAUAAGGACCCUUCGCUCCUUCACAGAAACAGAUGAAGCUGAACAUAAACUGAUCAUACUGGUCAAAGACAAUGGAAACGUGUCACUUUCAGCAACAGCGACUGUGAUAUUUAAACUUGUUGAACCCAAAGAGGCUUUUGCAACUUCUGAUGUUAAAAACACUGUAAAAGAAGAGGAAGAAAAUAACGUUACAUUUUAUUUGAUUAUUAUCUUGAGUUCGGUUUCAUUUCUUUUCAUUAUCAGCAUUAUUGUGCUGAUUGUAAUGCAGUGCUCCAAAUCUCCAGACCUUUCCUCCAAGUAUCUACAAGAUACAAAUUACGACGGGACUCUGUGUCACAGCAUCCAGUACAGAUCCGGAGAUAAACGCUACAUGUUAGUUGGACCCAGAACGAGUAUCGGUUCUACUCUAGUUCCAGGCAGUAAUGCGAAUACUCUAGUGAUACAAGAUCGCAGGAGGAGAACUUCUGGUGAGGUAAGACUUUAAAACAAUUGCAUAAAACUAAAGUAAAAUAUAACAAUCAUAAAUUAUUUUUAUGUGGAAAAUGAACAUAAACUUUCCGCAGUACACCGGGACUAGUUGAGCCGCGGUGGAGGGGGGUUGGGGGAAUAAUAAAGCGCUGCGCAGAUCAAAAUCCACGCUGUUGUAAGCUGGCAGAGAGCGACACUCUUAAAGCGUCUGCUGUGAAAUUGUACAGUCAUCAUGUCAUGUCGGGGAAACAUACAGCCAAUAUUUAACACAUUGACGUAAAGACACGGAAAUGGGCCUAUUCGACACUAUAAAAAGUACAAUAUGUCAAAGCAAUCAGGCAUGGAUUGUUACAUGUUACAGAAAACGAUUGCAUUAAUAUUGUCUAUUGAUAGAUUGCACUGCACAACCGGCUAGUCUAGCUACCUGCAAAAUGCCAACUUUUAGACCAGGUGAUAAGGUAUACAAACCAUAACAAUAUGCACAGUAAAACUUAAAAUACACACUUCCACACUGCAUGUAGUUAUAAACUAAUACAAAAAUGAUAACUAAAAACACUAAAUAUUUAAUGCCUGAUCUAAUACUAAUUGAUGCUUUUUAAGAAAUACUGUAGUACUAUGAUUAAUUUAGGUGAUGGACUCUUCUGUUGCUGAAAGUCAGAGAGCUGUAUCAGUGACCACAAUGGAGAGUGUGCAGGUGUAUCAUGAUAGUAUUCCAAUUGUUUUAAGAUUUUACUGGACCAAAAUUGGACAGUUGGCUGCUCAGCUGGUCCAUGGCUAGGUCUGUGUUACUCCCUCAUUUCACUUACGUAUAAGCAGAUAAAGGUUUUGAGCUCAUUUUAAGCAUGGCCUUGGCAUUUGGAAUCUGUUGCUGUUAACUCUCAAUAUGAAGUCCAAAGAGCUGUCACUGCCUGUGAAACAAGCCAUCAUUAGGCU